AUGGACGGCAAAGAAGUGUCUGAAGGUGAGGCUUAAGAUGUCAAAAGAUAACUGCCCAGUCAAGAAACAUCUUCUCUCUAAUCAUUAUCAUCAUCAUGACACACCACAACACUCCUAGAAUAACAGUUCAUUGUUCAAAAAUGACAAAUGAGACAAUUCAAGUAAAGUAAAAAACAAUGUAAGGGCUGUAUGUGUUUCUCUUCAUCUACUGUAUCAUGUAUAGUACAUUAUGAAAAGUCUGUUUCCUCUAAAUGCAUACAGAAAAGAAACGCAAAGUUGAUGUGAGGUGAAAAGCAAUAUUACUCAAGCAACGUAAACUUAAAAUCCCACAAAGUUAUCGAGCUGUAAACAAUAAUUGUCCCUAUGCCACUUAGCACUCUCCAUCCAGCUCAUGAAGUGCUUUGAGAGACUAGUCAAGGAUCAUAUCACCUCUACCUUACCUGUCACCCUAGACCCACUUCAAUUUGCUUACCGCCCCAAUAGAUCCACAGACGAUGCAAUCGCCAUCACACUGCACACUGCCCUAUCCCAUCUGGACAAGAGGAAUACCUAUGUAAGAAUGCUGUUCAUUGACUAUAGCUCAGCAUUCAACACCAUAGUACCCUCCAAGCUCAUCAUUAAGCUUGAGGCCCUGGGUCUGAACCCCGCCCUGUGCAACUGGGUCCUGGACUUCCUGACGGGCCGCCCCCCAGGUGGUGAAGGUAGGAAACAACAUCUCCACUUCGCUGAUCCUCAACACUGGGGCCUCACAAGGGUGCGUGCUCAGACCCCUCCUGUACUCCCUGUUCACCCAUGACUGCGUGGCCAAGCACACCUCCAACUCAAUCAUCAAGUUUGCAGAUGACACAACAGUAGUAGGCUUGAUUACCAACAAUGACGAGACCGCCUACAGGGAGGAGGUGAGGGCUCUGGGAGUGUGGUGCCAGGAAAAUAACCUCUCACUCAACAUCAACAAAACAAAGGAGAUGAUCGUAGACUUCAGGAAACAGCAGAUGGUGCACCCCCCUAUCCACAUCGACAGGACCGCAGUGGAGAAGGUGAAAAGCUUCCAGUUCCUUGGCGUACACAUCACCGACAAACUGAAAUGGUCCACCCACACAGACAGUGUGGUGAAGAAGGCGCAACAGAGCCUCUUCAACCUCAGGAGGCUGAAGAAAUUCGGCUUAGCACCUAAAACCCUCACAAACUUUUACAGAUGCACAAUUGAGAGCAUCCUGUCGGGCUGUAUCCGAUGUCACAGGAAGGCCAAAAAGAUCAUCAAGGACAUCAACCACCCGAGCCACUGCCUGUUCACCCCGCUAUCAUCCAGAAGGCGAGGUCAGUACAGGUGCAUCAAAGCUGGGACAGAGAGAAUGAAAAACAACUUCUAUCUCAAGGCCAUCAGACUGUUAAAUAGCCAUCACUAGCACAUUAGAGGCUGCUGCUGCCUUUUGAAGUCACUGGCCACUUUAAGAAAUGGAACACUAGUCACUUUAAUAAUGUUUACAUAUCUUGCACUACUCAUCUCAUAUGUAUAUACUGCAUUCUAUUCUAUAAUAUUCUACUGUAUCUUAGUCCAUGCCGCUCUGUCAUUGCUUGUCCAUAUAUGAAUAUAUUCUUAAAUCCCAUUCCUUACUAGUUUUGUGUGUAUUGGGUAUAUGUUGUGAAAUUGUUAGAUAUUACUUGUUAGAUAUUACUGCACUGUCGGAGCUAGAAGCACAAGCAUUUCGCUACACCCGCUAUAACAUCUGCUAAACACGUGUAUGUGACAAAUAACAUUUGAUUUGAUUUGUUCCAUCUAGUCAGAUAUUUUUUUCCCUCAGGAAAUGUCUGUGUAUUCUGCAACCCAAAGUUCUCUAUCUACCCCCCGACUGCUGGACUGGGCCUCAAUUCCCAUGCUAUUUCACAUUAUUACUCUCAGUCCACUCUUGCUUUUGUUUGUUUUCCUUCACAUUAGCUAGUCUGCAUUUUGUUUGUUUAUGCACAAUUGACCUAAUUUGGUCUCUAUGGUGAGCCACUUGCAUACUUGGUCAAUGGGACAUAUGUGUCAAUAAGAUAAUAAUAACAGGUUGUUAUUGGUUAGUUAGAAUAUUUGUUCAAAGUGAAGAAAAAAAACUAGACCAAAAUAUCAAGCAAAGGUUGAGAGAGAUUGUUACACCUAAAAUAUUGUUGCCCAAAUCAUGAUUAUCUUAUCUGUUCCCGAAUUGCAGUUGUUAUGUAAAACAUGUGUAAAAAGUCAGUCUGCAGAGGCUGGUUCCUCCCCUCUCCCUGACCAUGCACUGACUAGUGUUGUAAAGCUCUACUCCACACACACAGAUAUAUUUUGUUAGAGCCAGAGAUCUCCAGCCGCCUUGCAUUAGAGGGAUGAAAGCAGAGCAGCGGGUGGAUCAGGGAGACAGAGCAUUCCAAGCUGAUUCCAGAUGGGACAUGCAGAAUAUCUAUACUGCAUACCUGCCAUUCCUCUGCAUCACUGGGCUCCACUGGUCUCUCUGGCCAGGAGAUUAGCCAUGCAGGCAAGUGAGCCCUUUAGGUCCAUAGAGAUCAUUCACACUAUUAUUCUGUCUCUCAUCCCGUCCAAUUCAAAGGAAUACACAGCAAUGUUUCAUGGAGUCUUUCCUUGGAGGAUGUAGGCCUAUUGAAAUGGCGCUGGAGAGGAUGGCUGCCGUUUUAUGGACUCUUAACCAACCGUGCUAUUUUGUGUGUUUUUUCGCAUUGUUUUUAACUUAUUUUGUACAUAAUGUUGCUGCUACCGUCUCUAAUGACCGAAAAGAGCUUCUGGACAUCAGAACAACAAUUACUCACCUUGAAGUGGACAAAUAAUUUUUAUUUUAUGAGUUGGACUAGAGGGAUUUGCUCCAGACACCCGACAGGGCCCUCAUCCCCGUCAUUCGCAAUAGAAAGAAAAGGAGAUAUCGCGGAAGGAGAUCGGGGUGCUUGGUAAGGAGCCGGCGACGAGUGGCUAAUCUGCCUUUGCCAUCGAUACUACUGGCCUACUUACAAUCGCUUGAUAAUAAAAUGGAUGAACUACAGGCACAAAUAUCCUACCAACGGAACAUUAAAAACUGUUAUAUCUUAUGUUUCACCGAGUCGUGGCUGAAUGAUGACAUGAAUAACAUACAGCUGGCGGGUUAUACACUGUAUCGGCAGGAUAGAACGGCAGCCUCUGGUAAGACAAGGGGUGGUGGUCUAUGUAUAUUUGUAAACAACGCACAAUAUGUAAGGAAGUCUCAAGGUUUUGCUCGCCUGAGUUAGAGUAUCUCAUGAUAAGCUGUAGACCACACUAUCUACCAAGAUAGAUAUCUAUAUUUUUCGUAGCUGUCUAUUUACCACCACAAACCGAUGCUGGCACUAAGACCGUACUCAAUGAACUGUAUACGGCCAUAAGCAAACAGGAAAACGCUCAUCCAGAGGCGGCGCUCCUAGUGGCCGGGGACUUAAAUGCAGGGAAACUUAAAUCCAUUUAACCUAAUUUCUACCAGCAUGUUAAAUGUGAAACCAGAAGGAAAAAACUCUUGACCACCUUUACUCCACACACAGAGACACAUACAAAGCUCUCCCUAGCACUCCAUUUCGAAAAUCUGACCAUAAUUCUAUCCUCAUGAUUCCUGCUUACAAGCAAAAACUAAAGCAGUAAGCACCAGUGACUCGGUCAAUAAAAAAGUGGUCAGAUGAAGCAGAUGCUAAGCUACAGGACGGUUUUGCUAGCACAGACUGGAAUAUGUUCCGGGAUUCUUCCGAUGGCAUUGAGGAGUACACCACAUCAGUCACUGGCUUCAUCAAUAAGUGCAUCGAUGACGUCGUCCCCACAGUGACUGUACGUACAUACCCCAACCAGACACCAUGGAUUACAUACAACAUCCGCACUGAGCUAAAGGGUAGAGCUGCCGCUUUCAAGGAGCGGGACUCUAACCUGGAAGCUCAUAAGAAAUCCCGCUAUGCCCUCCGACGAACCAUCAAACAGGCAAAGCGUCAAUACAGGACUAAGAUUGAAUCGUACUACACAGGCUCCGACACUCGUCGGAUGUGGCAGGGCUUGCAAACUAUUACAGACUACAAAGGGAAGCACAGCUGCGAGCCUACCAGACGAGCUAAAUUACUUCUAUGCUCGCUUCGAGGCAAGUAACACUGAAGCAUGCAUGAGAGCAUCAGCUGUUCCGGAUGACUGUGUGAUCACGCUCUCCGUAGCCAAUGUGAGUAAGACCUUUAAAACAGGUCAACAUUCACAAGGCCGCAGGGCCAGAUGGAUUACCAGGACGUGUACUCUGAGCAUGCGCUGACCAACUGGCAAGUGUCUUCAUUGACAUUUUCAACCUCUCCCAGUCUGUAAUACCAACAUGUUUCAAGCAGACCACCAUAGACCCUGUGCCCAAGAACACUAAGGUAACCUGCCUAAAUAACUACCGACCCGUAGCACUCACGUCUGUAGCCAUGAAGUGCAUUGAAAGGCUGGACAUGGCUCACAUCAACACCAUUAUACCAGAAACCCUAGACCCACUCCAAUUUGCAUAUCGCCCCAACAGAUCCACAGAUGAUGCAAUCUCUAUUGCGCUCCACACUGUCCUUUCACACCUGGAGAAAAGGAACACCUAUGUGAGAAUGCUAUUCAUUGACUACAGCUCAGCGUUCAACACCAUAGUACCCUCAAAGCUCAUCACUAAGCUAAGGACCCUGGGACUAAACACCUCCCUCUGCAACUGGAUCCUGGACUUCCUGACAGGCUGCCCCCAAGUGGUAAGGGUAGGAAACAACACAUCCGCAACGCUGAUCCUCAAUACGGGGGCCCCUCAGGGGUGCGUGCUCAGUCCCCUCCUGUACUCCCUGUUCACUCAUGACUGCAUUGCCAGGCAUGGCUCCAACACCAUCAUUAAGUUUGCCGAUGACACAACAGUGGUAGGCCUGAUCACAGACAACGACGAGGCAGCCUAUAGGGAGGAGGUCAGAGACCUGGCCGUGUGGUGCCAGGACAACAACCUCUCCCUCAACGUGAUCAAGACAAAGGAGAUGAUUGUGGACUACAGGAAAAAGAAGGGGGCCGAGCACGCCCCCAUUCUCAUCGACAGGGCUGUAGUGGAGCAGGUUGAGAGCUUCAAGUUCCUUGGUGUCCACAUCACCAACAAACGAACAUGGUCCAAGCACACCAAGACAGUCGUGAAGAGGGCACGACAAAACCUAUUCCCCCUAAGGAGACUGAAAAUAUUUGGCAUGGGUCCUCAGAUCCUCAAAAGGUUCUACAGCUGCACCAUCAUGAGCAUCCUGACUGGUUGCAUCACUGCCUGGAAUUGUGAACUGCUCGGCCUCUGACCGCAAGGCACUACAGAGGGUAGUGCGUACGGCCCAGUACAUUACUGGGGCCAAGCUUCCUGUUAUCCAGGAAGCUUUUACUGGGGCCAAGCUUCCUCUGACAUACCAGGCGGUGUCAGAGGAAGGCCCUAAAAAUUGUCAAAGACUCCAGCCACCCUAGUCAUAGACUGUUCUCUCUGCUACCACACGGCAAGCGGUACCGGAGCGCCAGGUCUAAGUCCAAGAGGCUUCUAAACGGCUUCUACCCCCAAGCCAUAAGACUCCUGAACAUCUAAUCAAAUGGCUACCCAGACUAUUUGCAUUGCCCCCCUCCCCUCUUUUACGCUGCUGCUACUCUCUGUUUAUUAUCUAUGCAUAGUCACUUUAAUAACUCUACCUACAUGUACAUAUUACCCCAAUUACCUUGACUAACCGGUGCCCCCGCACAUCGACUCGGUACCGGUACCCCCUGUAUAUAGCCUCGCUAUUGUUAAUUUUACUGCUGCUUUUUAAUUAUUUGUUACUUUUAUUUCGUAUUAUUUUAUAUUUAUGUGUUUUUUGUAAUUGUUUUUAUUAUUUCAUUUUUAUUUAGGAUCAUUUUAUAAUUUUUUUAAAUAUAUAUUAAAAACAUUUUUUUAAAUUUCAAAUUGUGUAAUACAGAAAUAUAUUAUAGGGCCUCCCGAGUGGCACAGCGGUCUAAGGCACUGCAUCGCAGUGCUAGAGGCGUCACUACAGACCCGGGUUCAUUCCCGGGCUGUGCCACAACCGCCGUGGCCGGGAGUCUCAUAGGAUGGCGCACAAUUGGCCCAGCGUUGACCGGGUUAGGGGAGGGUUUGACCGGUGGGGCUUUACUUGGCUCAUCGCGCUCUACCGACUCCUUGUGGCAGGCCGGGUGCCUGCGGACUGACCCCGUUCGCCAGAUUGAACAGUGUUUUCCUCCGACACAUUGGUGCGGCUGGCAUCCGGGUUAAGCUGGCGGGUGUUAAGGAACGCGGGUUACGCAGGUCAUGUUUCGGAGGAUGCAUGACUCCACCUUCGCCUCUCCUGAGCCCGUUGGGGAGUUGCAGCGAUGAGACAAGAUCGAAAAUUGAGGAGAAAAAGGGGGUAAAAUACAACAACAAAAAAUACAACAAAAAAAAGAAAUAUAUUAUAGAGUAGGAGGGAGAUAAAGCCGUGUCGGCUACUGUCUGUGUUUGGUAAUGUCUUUGGCUUCGCUCCGGGUGGUUUGAGCCCAGUCAUGGUCAGUGUUGUAACCUGACAGGAAUGAGAAUUUAAGCUAGUGCUCUAAAAUGGGAUGAAAUUACAGAGAAAAUUGGAAUGAACAAACAGAAAACUUAGUGCAAUGGAGAGACAGGCAAAGACUAGACAGCUCAAAGUAAUUGGCCAGUUAUCUCAGGUCAGGUUAUCUCAGCCUAUUUUAUAACUUAAUUCAGAGUACAUAAAUGACGCUGCAGCACCAGAUAAUGAACAGUCACUUCAGAAUAACUGACUUCAAGCAUGAGUCAUAUACAUUUUGGGUCAAAGGUUGCUAAUAACCACUCUCUCCUCUACCAGACACGUCUGUAGGAUGUGGCCUUCUCUGCUCUGAGUCAGUCCCCCUGCGGGCAGAAUGGGAAGCGUUUCCUCCCAGACUGCUCAGAGAGAGGGGGGAGGUAAGGGGGUGGAUUCAGUAAGAACAGAACUGUGAAAGAGGCCACUGUCCAGCUAGCUGCCGGUGUCUUCCUCCAUUUCAUUUUUCCAUUUCUGAUGCAUGGGUGGAGAGCUGGAAAUUUCAGACGAACCGCACAAAGACGUGUUUUGGCUGCUUUGGUUGUGCAUGAGUCACUCAGACUGGUCCCAGUGGUCUGUCCCAGUGGAAAUUCCAACCAGAGAACUCAACGACCAGUCACAGAGAGCCACACAGUAUAGUACAAUUUACAUAAUUACCCCUUUCGGCUAAAAAUACAAAGAAACCAAACUUCUACUUCUUGCUGUAAGAUUUCACAGUGUGCAUGAGCUCUUCCAGUAAAUCUGUGAGGAGUUACCAUGAAAACAGAUCUGGGAGUAAAAUUUGUUUUGAAAUAAACUCAGAAAUGAUUCACUAACUAUUAUGAAAUGAAACUAAAGAAAUGGGAACUUGUUAUUCUAUGCCAGUACCAAUGUAAGCACGUAAUCUAAAACCUAACCUUGGUAUUCUUUGAAUGAGUAACUACCACAGAUUCCAGAGUUGAAGGUAAAUGAUUAAAACAUGUGGUAAUGGUGUCUGACUACAGUAGCUCAGGGUCCUUUAGUUCCUUGUGUACAAAGACCACUGUACUUUGCUAUGUGAAUACCGUGUAGAGAAAGGAAUUUAAUAGCAGGAAGGGAGAGUCGACAUUUACAGUGAACAAAGGUUAAAAUGACCCCCCCAAUCAUAACAACCCACCCACACCUACACACCUGCUGAGUUCAACAGAUCUUUCCACCAACAUGAAAGGCCCAUGGACACGACAGGUUCACUGUGUCAACCUGUUCUGGACAAGACAUUGGAAAACAAAAUCCAGCUAGUUUCCUGUUUACCGUUAUGAGUGGAAAACAAGGUCUGGGGUAGUCCUGUCCACCCCAUUUACAAUCCUUUGUAUCUGGGCACUGAGACAGAGGUAUAAGUCAGGCCAGAGGAAUGUAGGGAGGGGAGACCAAGCCAUGUGGUUAAACACCAACAGUGCUAUUUGAUGAUUAGGUCAGACAUUCACUCAGAGUCCUGUCCACAGCCCUGUCUGAGUGCUAAUUGUCUAGGAAUCCAUCUUAGAGACAACUCUUCCCCCUCUAUGCUGCAGGUGCUCCCACCUGGGUAUAUUUGUUGUGAAGGUCCUUAGUCUUCAGGACAUUGUGUCAAUACUUUGUCUCGACUUGACAUCACUCUAGUAACACGUUGGAUGUUUUAAGUGAGCUAUUCUUUCAUGGCGCUCCAUUACAAGGACAUUUGUUACCUAGACCAAUGUUUUCUAGUACACCAGUACCCCCAACAGCACACAUUUCUGUUGUAACCCCAGACAAACUCACUCAUUGAGGGCUUGAUGAUUAGUUGAUAUGUUGAAUCAGGUGUGCUUGUCCGGGGCUACAACAAAAAUUUGUGCUGUUAGGGGUACUGGAGGACUGGAGUUCAGAGGAGAGGGUUUGUGUUUAUUUACUGAGUUUACUGUUGAAAUUAGUGUACAUCCAUCAGGUUGGCAUGAGCUUUGAUUUACUCAGAGGCAUUGGGUUGAUUUAAGGCAUAAGAAUCCUGUUUUUGCACAGUUACUCUGGCGACAUUCACAGAAAACUUGCUCUGUAACAAAUAUCAAGUCAAAGUUGUGUCAUUCACAUGGGAUACAUUAUUUGUUUACAGAGCAAGUUUUUUGUGAAUGUUGCCAGAGAAACAGGGCAAACACACACAUGGCUUCUGAGUAAACUAUCUUUAUGCUAUAAAAUAGAUACAGUGAGGGAAAAAAGUAUUUGAUCCCCUGCUGAUUUUGUACGUUUGCCCACUAACAAAGACAUGAUCAGUCUAUAAUUUUAAUGGUAGGUUUAUUUGGACAGUAAAUUGAUUUGCAUUUUAAUGAGGGAAAUAAGUAUUUGACCCCUCUGCAAAACAUGACUUAGUACUUGGUGGCAAAACCCUUGUUGGACGUCAGACGUUUCUUGAAGUUGGCCACCAGGUUUGCACACAUCUCAGGAGGGAUUUUGUCCCACUCCUCUUUGCAGAUCUUCUCCAAGUCAUUAAGGUUUCGAGCCUGACGUUUGGCAACUCGAAACUUCAGCUCCCUCCACAGAUUUUCUAUGGGAUUAAGGUCUGGAGACUGGCUAGGCCACUCCAGGACCUUAAUGUGCUUCUUCUUGAGCCACUCCUUUGUUGCCUUGGCCGUGUGUUUUGGGUCAUUGUCAUGCUGGAAUACCCAUCUACGACCCAUUUUCAAUGCCCUGGCUGAGGGAAGGAGGUUCUCAUCCAAGAUUUGACGGUACAUGGCCCCGUCCAUCGUCCCUUAGAUGCGGUGAAGUUGUCCUGUACCCCUUAGCAGAAAAACACCCCCAAAGCAUAAUGUUUCCACCUCCAUGUUUGACGGUGGGGAUGGUGUUCUUGGGGUCAUAGGCAGCAUUCCUCCUCCUUCUCCUCCUCCAAACAUGGUGAGUUGAGUUGAUGCCAAAGAGCUCGAUUUUGGUCUCAUCUGACCACAACACUUUCACCCAGUUCUCCUCUGAAUCAUUCAGAUGUUCAUUGGCAAACUUCAGACGGGCCUGUAUAUGUGCUUUCUUGAGCAGGGGGACCUUGCGGGCGCUGCAGGAUUUCAGUCCUUCACGGCGUAGUGUAUUACCAAUUGUUUUCUUGGUGACUAUGGUCCCAGCUGCCUUGAGAUCAUUGACAAGAUCCUCCCGUGUAGUUCUGGGCUGAUUCCUCACCGUUCUCAUGAUCAUUGCAACUCCACGAGGUGAGAUCUUGCAUGGAGCCCCAGGCCAAGGGAGAUUGACAGUUCUUUUGUGUUUCUUCCAUUUGCGAAUAAUCGCUCCAACUGUUGUCACCUUCUCACCAAGCUGCUUGGCGAUGGUCUUGUAGCCCAUUCCAGCCUUGUGUAGGUCUACAAUCUUGUCCCUGACAUCCUUGGAGAGCUCUUUGGUCUUGGCCAUGGUGGAUUGUUUGGAAUCUGAUUGAUUGAUUGCUUCUGUGGACAGGUGUCUUUUAUACAGGCAGGUAACAAGCUGAGAUUAGGAGCACUCCCUUUAAGAGUGUGCUCCUAAUCUCAACUCGUUACCUGUAUAAAAUACACCUGGGAGCCAGAAAUCUUUCUGAUUGAGAGGGGGUCAAAUACCUAUUUCCCAAAAUCAAUUUAUAACAUUUUUGACAUGCAUUUUUCUGGAUUUUGUUGUUGUUAUUCUGUCACACACUGUUCAAAUAUACCUACCAUUAAAAUUAUAGACUGAUCAUUUAUUUGUCAGUGGGCAAACGUACAAAAAUCAGCAGGGGAUCAAAUACUUUUUUCCCCUCACUGUAAGAUAAGCAUUCUACAUACGCACUAGCUGUGAGAAAUGGCCGCCCUCCCUGGCCUGGACACCUGUCAUCAGGGAGUGUGUGACUGUGACCACACAGCUUUAACAGGGACCACAGUGAGGACAGGAUCAUCAAGGGACUGUCACCAUCAUCACACCCCUCCACUGACCAGGCCGCAGGCGUGGCUGGUCACAGCACUUUGCACAGCAGUCAUGCAGAUCUACUGCUUUAAUCCUAGCUACUUCCCACUCCUCACCAAUGACUAAUCCCCAUUACCAAUGACCAAUGACUAAUUCCAAAGCCUAUUGCUGUUGGAAUAAUGCCUUGGCUUCUAUCCUGGUUAUACUUUCAGAUCACUUCCCGUAUUUGCAGAUAAGAGCCAUUGGACCAUUUCAGAAUACCACAGGAUUUUUUUUAAAAUGACAUACAGUAUAAUUACCAGCAGGCUAUGUAUAAAUCUAAUUUCAUGCUUGCUUAAUCACUUUUCUUAUCUGAGUAUUACAUCUGAAAUUCCCCGGCAUGACAGCUCUGACUCUGAUACAAGACAGGAGCAGCCCAGGCCAAGUUGCAAUCGUGUCUACUGUGUUCCCCCGUUUGGACUAGUUGGCUUUUGGCCUCUCAUUCCAGUCAGAUAUGACCAAAAAAGGGUACUUUCUGCUAUUGCUGGGAAUCAGGCAAUAUCUCUCGCCUACACAGCAGUGGAAAAAUGACUCAGUAGUUGUGGGGCAGAGUGGAGGAAUGUUGCAAACCGCUACUUGGCAUUAGCAUAAAAUAUUAUACCAAGGGAAGCCAGGAAUGAUUUAUCUGACUGUAAGAAACAUGUUGUUAUCUGAGAGUGAUAUAGAUCUGUUGAAUCAUCGUAUUGUAUUACACUGUAUAAUCUGCUUGAUCACUGUGCAUUUUGAUGGGGCAGAUUGCUGUAGCGUCUGAGGUAUCUCUAGUUGGAGCUUUGUAACUCACUGCCUUCAGGAUUGUCUGAAGGCACAACAGGAAAAUAUCAUAGCUCUGUCAUUGUUGUUGAAUGCUCUUUAUCUGGCAUCUGUCUGGAGAUAAUACCGUAUGUCUGAGCCAGGAGACGUGGGAGUGUGUGUGUUUCUCACAGGUAAGGCUGACUCACAGGAGACAGGACACACACAGACAUAACAGCAGGGCUUUCUCACACCCACACAUAUUAUGUGCAUGCAGCACAGGACAAACAUACUCCUAUAUUCAUAGCUUUGACUUUGAGUCAUAGUGAAGGAAUAUGAGAAUGCUGAUAAGGCUUAAACCUGGAUAGGACAGAGAACUGUGUCAACUGACACAGUACGAAUUCAACUGAUAGCAUUUCAGUUGCACUUUCACUGCUCACUUAGAAACAACCUUGAGAUUCCACUUUUAGCCAGUUAACCCUGGUGUUACGUAAGAGGACUAGAUGUUCUGACCUCCUCCCAGGGCUUCACCGGCUAACUUAUCAAACGCUAGCCCAGCCAAACGCUCCUUAUGAAAACAGGAAAAAGACAAUUGAAAGUAUUUGAGUCAGGAGUUUGGUAGGAUCAGGAUAUUUAAACCAUAGUUGGUCUGUUUAUACAAAACAUGCCUGUGGGAACAAAACAGGUCAUUUCUUGAAGCUGACACAUCAGGUACUCAAUCAAAUGCACAACAGUAAUAUGAACCGUUGUUUUUUCAUUUCACCACCUAUAAGAAUCAGAGAGGAUUUUUGCCAAUCAUCAGGGCCCAGUUUUUCAAAAGUUAUCCGAUUGGAUUUCAGCAAUUGGAUUGGAUUAAAUGUUAGAACAGUUUUUUUCUGGGCCUCCCCAGAGUGGUCUAAGGCAUUGCAUCGCAGUGCUAGAGGGGCACUACAGAUCCGGGUUCGAUCCCGGGCUGUGUCGCAGCCGGCCGCGACCGGGAGACCCAUGAGACAGCGCACAAUUGGCCCAGCAUCAUCCGGGUUAGGGGAGGGUUUGGCCGGCUGGAAUAUCCUUGUCCCAUUGUGCUCUAGCGACUCCUUGUGGUGGCCGGGCGCAUGCACGCUGACUUCAGGUCGCAGGCUGGCUUCCGGGUUAAGCGAGCAGUAUGUCAAGAAGCAGUGCAGCUUGGCGUGUCGUGUUUCGGAGGACGCAUGUCUCUCAACCUUCGCCUCUCCCGAGUCCGUACGGGAGUUGCAGUGUUGGGACAAGACUAACUACUAAUUGGAUAUCACGAAAUUGGGGAGAAAAUAAUAAUGUGUCGUUCUAUUCAUUCUAUAUCCGAUAUAAUUAAAUGCAUAGAAAUAAAAUGGGAGUCUCCAUUCAAGUCAAUGGUUUCCCGUUAUAUCCUAUCCGAUAGGCGAAAUCGAGAUCUUAAAAAAAAAAAAUUGGGCCCCUAGAUAGGGAUAAGGAUUUGGUCAUCCAAUCUGACCUUUAACAACUGUGGUCAGUUGUUAUAUUGAGAAGUGUUAAAUAAAUGUAUCUACUUACUUAUAAGUGAUAUGCAGGCUCUAUUAUUUUUAAUCAAGGUACCUUUAUUCAUAUAGUAUACUCAUCUCCAUUUCCCUAUGACAGUUUAGAAGUAGUACCAUAACCUGUCCAGUAGACGGUAAGGUGUAGGCCUGUUCAAAGCACUGAAAAUCCAGAUUCUGUGAUCUUGAUAUUGUGGUAUCUGGAUCAAAAUUAUCCUAUCCGAUUAUUUUGGGGGGGAUACGGCUCAAAAACAGCCAGAUUGAUCUGAUCCUGGAUCACAAAAAAGAGGAUUACAGAUUCCGGAAUAUUCUGAUCCAGAUUUUUUAAAUUGAAAAACUGGGCCCCAGAUUAUGAUGCAUCAAAUGUACCACGAGGGUGAAAAUAUGACCUUAAGUGGGCCCUACAAUUUGAAGCCUGCUAUGUAUCUGGCACAACAGGCACAUAUUUGGCACAUAUUAUCUCCUGACUGUAGACAUUACUGCACUCUAGAAAUUAUGAGUUCAACAAGGGUUCUUCUAAGAUCCUCAAAGUUCUUCGAAGAACCUUAGGGUUCUUGGCACUGAAAAUGGCCCCCAAAAGAUAAUUCCAAGAACUCCAUAGGAGGUGGGGUUCAUCAAGGAACCUCCUUAGUUGGUGGGGGUUCUCGCAGGAACCGAACUGCCCAACUGAAACAGGACAGCAGGUGCAGGCACUUAACUGACAAAUGUAAAGAUCUCCUCAAUUUAAGGUAAGGUUUGUUGUCCCUUAUAUGAUCUAAAUUGAUAUUUGUAUAUUAUGAUACCAUCUGUCUUUUCAUAUUUGUACCAAUCUUUCUAAAACAGAAAAUGGACACAAUUCAAUGGAUAUCAAUCAGCAAAGAGGUAAGAAUAUGUAGGCUAUAAGAAUGUGUUGAAGGCUAGCUGUAUUGGGUGCAGAUGACUAAAGGGCGGCAGGUAGCUUAGUGGUUAAGAGCGUUGUACCAGUAACCGAAAGGUCGCUGGUUCUAAUCCCCAAGCAGACUAGGUGAAAAAUCUGUCGAUGUGCCCUUGAGCAAGGCACUUAACCCUAAUUGCUCCUGUAAGUCGCUCUGGAUAAGAGCGUCUGCUAAAUGACCAAUUUAAUUUAUUUAUUUACUAAACUGCUCACUUUUGUGUCUGUGUCUGCAGCUAUACAGACGAGGAGGCAUACAAAGGUAUGUACAUUUAUAUUGGUACAGUGGGGGAAAAAAGUAUUUAGUCAGCCACCAAUUGUGCAAGUUCUCCCACUUAAAAAGAUGAGAGAGGCCUGUAAUUUUCAUCAUAGGUACACGACAACUAUGACAGACAAAAUGAGAAAAAAUAUCCAGAAAAUCACAUUGUAGGAUUUUUAAUGAAUGUAUUUGCAAAUUAUGGUGGAAAAUAAGUAUUUGGUCAAUAACAAAAGUUUCUCAAUACUUUGUUAUAUACCCUUUGUUGGCAAUGACACAGGUCAAACGUUUUCUGUAAAUCUUCACAAGGUUUUCACACACUGUUGCUGGUAUUUUGGCCCAUUCCUCCAUGCAGAUCUCCUCUAGAGCAGUGAUGUUUUGGGGCUGUCACUGGGCAACACGGACUUUCAACUCCCUCCAAAGAUUUUCUAUGGGGUUGAGAUCUGGAGACUGGCUAGGCCACUCCAGGACCUUGAAAUGCUUCUUACGAAGCCACUCCUUCGUUGCCCGGGCGGUGUGUUUGGGAUCAUUGUCAUGCUGAAAGACCCAGCCACGUUUCAUCUUCAAUGCCCUUGCUGAUGGAAGGAGGUUUUCACUCAAAAUCUCACGAUACAUGGCCCCAUUCAUUCACGGAUCAGUCGUCCUGGUCCCUUUGCAGAAAAACAGCCCCAAAGCAUGAUAUUUCCACCCCCAUGCUUCACAGUAGGUAUGGUGUUAUUUGGAUGCAACUCAGCAUUCUUUGGCCUCCAAACACGACGAGUUGAGUUUUUACCAAAAAGUUAUAUUUUGGUUUCAUCUGACCAUAUGACAUUCUCCCAAUCCUCUUCUGGAUCAUCUAAAUGCACUCUAGCAAACUUCAGACGGGCCUGGACAUGUACUGGCUUAAGCAGGGGGACACGUCUGGCACUGCAAGGAUUUGAGUCCCAGGCGGCGUAGUGUGUUACUGAUGGUAGGCUUUGUUACUUUGGUCCCAGCUCUCUGCAGGUCAUUCACUAGGUCCCCCUGUGUGGUUCUGGAAUUUUUGCUCACCCUUCUUGUGAUCAUUUUGACCCCACGGGGUGAGAUCUUGCGUGGAGCCCCAGAUCGAGGGAGAUUAUCAGUGGUCUUGUAUGUCUUCCAUUUCCUAAUAAUUUCUCCCACAGUUGAUUUCUUCAAACCAAGCUGCUUACCUGUUGCAGAUUCAGUCUUCCCAGCCUGGUGCAGGUCUACAAUUUUGUUUCUGGUGUCCUUUGACAGCUCUUUGGUCUUGGCCAUAGUGGAGUUUGGAGUGUGACUGUUUGAGGUUGUGGACAGGUGUCUUUUAUACUGAUAACAAGUUCAAACAGGUGCCAUUAAUACAGGUAACGAGUGGAGGACAGAGGAGCCUCUUAAAGAAGAAGUUACAGGUCUGUGAGAGCCAGAAAUCUUGCUUGUUUGUAGGUGACCAAAUACUUAUUUUCCACCAUAAUUUGCAAAUAAAUUCAUUAAAAAUCCUACAAUUUGAUUUUCUGGAGAAAAAAAAUCUCAAUUUGUCUGUCAUAGUUGACGUGUACCUAUGAUGAAAAUUACAGGUCUCUCUCAUCUUUUUAAGUGGGAGAACAUGCACAAUUGGUGGCUGACUAAAUACUUUUUUCCCCACUGUAUGUUAUGCAGAUCACAUUUACCAUCCUCCUCCCUUACCUCUUCAAUUAAUAUCCCAAUGGCCUCUACAUUAUGGACAAGGUAUGUGUAUGAAAACCAUUAUCAAAAGUAUUUAUUUUUUUUUCAUUCACAUUCACCACAAAAACCAAAGUAUGUAUUCUGUCGUGUGCAUGUUUUGUUAAUCAUCUGCAUAAUUACUAUUUUGGGGAUUUACAGACUUCACCCUCCCUACACCCCUGAUGAAUAUAACAGGAAACCUGUUCGAUCAUCAUGCACUGCAAAAUCAUUCUGGCUAUGGAUAUGGAGAACAUCAACAAAUCAACAUGCCAGAGGAUAAAAUCAUAAUAAACACUGAGAACUAAAAUAUAGUGUUAUUGUUGUUAUUGUUAUGCAUAUUAUUAUCAAUAAUAAUAAUAACAACAACAGGGGAGAGGGGGUAGUUCAAAAAUCAACCCCAAAAGGUUCUUCAAAAGUUUAUUUGAGGAUCCAUUAAAAGGGGUUCUUUGAAGAACUUAUAGGGGUUCCCCCACAGUUUCAAUUUGAAGAACCCCUAAAGGAUACUCCAGGAACCUUUUAUUUUUAGAGUGUACCGGUAGUCUUAAGACUUCAAGUACUGUUCAAUAUAAUAAUACUUUGCUCAAAGGCCCUCCUGUGCUGUAGCCUGUUUUGUAAGACUUUUCAUGUUGCUAGCAGCGAAGAGGGGAAUGACAGCCAUUUUUCUUGGGAGAGUUCAAGAUAGUCCGUAUCAAUCACAUGUGAGGGACAAAACAAACCCAGGACAGUAAAUGGAGUCCUGUAUCUUAGAUUCCCAACCUAGCAUCCUCUGUCUCCCCUCAGUCUCUCCUCAUCGGUGAGGAAGAGGAGAGCUAAGAUUUCCGUGAGCCAGGCAUCUGUAAAACCUCAGGAGACUAGUUUGCCUGCCACGAGUGACAGUGGAAGAAGGAAGGGUGUCAUUAAAACUGAGAUUAAAUAUUGUGAUUAACUGCCACCCCUGUACACGCCUGAACAGUUUCAGAUGGAGCGUGAUCCACAGCAAACAUCUCACUUAUCUCUAUAAAAUCAUAUUAAACUCAAUUACCAGGCUUUUACUCAACUCUGUUGUUUGCAAAGCAAGAAGUGUGAGAGAACAGAUCUUUACUCAAUCAUGCGGUUCAGCUGCACACCUUUUGCAACGUUGACAGACCAGCCUUUUGUGGUGCUCGCGCAGUGAUGUUAGUGCAAAUAGCAGAGUCCAUGUGGAAUUCAGUACAGCUGCACGGCCGCUGCAGUUAUGGCUUUACCGAUGCGUAUUUUCUCAAGACAGCACAAACACAGCUUGAAAAGUCAUAAGGAUAAAUUGUGUUUACUUGACUUGAUUUCUCUCAAUUAAAUAGUACAAUAAACAAUUGUGUGCUCUUCCAAACCUCUAAAAAGGACUUAACUAAGUCCAGCAAAUCCAGCUAGACUAUAUACAAUUAUUAUAGAAAUUUGUCAAAGCACAUCGCCAAGCAUGGGCCAUGUGGUUCUUUCUAAAGAGACAGUGUGUGUUAAAGUGAAUCUUAUGAUUAUGUAAUGAACUUGAGCCACAUUCCUUCUGCUUUCUGUGCAAAAACAUCUAAUAAAUAAACUUGACAAUAACCACACAAUAAUCUUGAGUGAACCUGGUCACACUAUUCCCGAGGGAGAUCAUCUUGGCAUCCUGACUGAAUGCACAAUCAUGACUUGUUAAGCUUUUAGUGGAAUUCAUUCGUUUUGGCUAUUACAUGUCAAUUACACAUUUAGAGUGAAACACAGCCUCCUUUACAAAUAGUUGAUUCUACAGGCUCCUUGCAAACAGAUUGAUAUUACUGCUAUGGUUUAAUAUUAAAAUAAUAUAACAACUGAGCUGGUGGUGAGCUGGUGAAGCCACAAUCAGCAGAUGUCAACAUGAGGCCGUGUCAGUGCGAACAUGGGAACCCAUGGAACAUAAUAAAUGUCAUAAUAUAAUAUCAUUGCUAAAGGGCGUCGGAACUGCACAGAAAACACAUCUAUCUGGAGGGCUUUAGAUCAAACUGAUGGUGGAGCUCAGAGUGAAAUGAGACAUCUGUUAUACUGCCAGAUCUAUGGAACUGUGCACUCAUCAAUGUCCUUGAACAAGUCCAAUAUGUUAUUAUUAAUAGUUUGAGAAGUGUUCUAUUGUCCAUGGUACUGUAUCUGUCUGUACAUGCAGGCAACACAUUGAUAGAGUAUCAUAAUGAGAUGCUGUUGAAACAUGCAAACAAAGUACUUACAGUAGUCAAUUGGCAGGUGCUGUCUGUUGCUUUUCGGUGAACCAAGGGAACAGUCCAAAAACAAAAGGACAAGAACUCACUUACACUGACAAGAAUCUAAAUCCCAAAAUCAUUUUCCAAUGAAAACAUUUCUGAAAUACUGAAUAGUUCUCUAUCAUCCCAUCUAGCCUAUUCUUUGGAAAUGGUACCCACAUGUUUUAUGUAUAUUCAGUAUACUGCUGGUAGUGUACAAAAACAAAUCUGUCAUCAAUUACCCCCUCCUCCUCCCGAUCUCACACACACACACACACACACACACACACACACACACACACACACGCAAGCAAACACAUACGCACACACACAAAGAAAACAUAUUGAAAUGAUUUCCAGUAAGACAUGUCAGCACCAGUAAAACUCUCGAGAGGCUGUGUACAGGAGCAGGCAACACAGAGCAGAGAAGCAACGCUCCACUAGCUUAGCUCAACCAACCACUGACUGACUGGCAUCCAUGUCCCUGAGCUGGAACAAGGUCCCUGUAAUGGAAGGUCCCUGUAAUGGAACAAGGUCCCUGUAAUGGCAGAGAGAGCAUGAGCUUGACUCACUGGUUUUCCACUCUGUCAUACACCAGCAGCUUUUAGCUUAGCAACAUACAAAGGGGCAGUCUUCGUCCACUAAACUAAAAUCAGGCCAAAAAUGAAUCGGACCUCACAACGUUGCAUUGAUUUAUGAUCUAAUAAGCAGCACGCACAUAGACACCCUUACACACACACAAUCAGACCAGGACUUCCUGUCUUGUCAUUGAGCAGAAACUCUGACGUUCACCAGUGCUUUCCACCGUAAUGAGGAUUAAGGCUAAAACAAAUGUGUACAGUAAAUCAAAUGUUGGUUAAAAAUACUUUGCCAUUGGACAAACAAAUAACUGAUGAGGUGUGAAUGACGGAGUCAGGCGCAGGAGGUAAAAAAACAAAAUCAAGAGUUUAUUCAGUGUACAAUAAUGUAGCGCAUAUAUCAACAGAACGAAACUAGCACAAGGGAAAAUCAACCUUGGCUGAAUACAAGUAAAGAGUCGCUCAACCGAGCUACUCACUCUCACAAUGAACAAUCACUCACAAAAGGACAAGGGGGCAGAGGGAACACUUAUACACAGACUAAUGAGGGAAUGAGUACCAGGUGUGUGUGUGAUUGACAAGACAAGACAAGACAAAUGGAGUGAUGAUAAAUGGAGCGGUAGUGGCUAGUAAGCCUGAGACGACGAGCGCCGAAACCUGCCCGAGCAAGGAGGAGGGGCAGCCUCGGCUGAAUUCGUGACAAUAACAAAUAUCGGAAAACAUACAUAAAGAUGGCAAUAAUGCCGUUUUUCAAGUGAGGGUUAAAAAUGAGCUUUACUCAUUUUGUCUUCUACUACAACAGCUGUAUCUUUUCACUCGACAGAAAGAAAGUACAUCAUGAGAUAUUUGUCCAGCACAACCUAAUGGCCAUAUGUCAAACUAGCACGUUAAGUCAAACAAAAUAAGAUUGUAAUGAAAACCUUGGUCUUCCACUUCUAAGUCGUAUCACAUUGUACUCCAAAGACUACUGUGUGGAAUGCAUGUGGAAGCCACUGUUGUCAAAACACUGAUUGAAGUUUUUUGGGGUUACUAAGUAUUUCAGGCCUUGGUUGCGGUGACCAAGGAAAUGAGUGAGGGAGUUAAAACCGCCCCUUGGCCCUAACCACUGACUUGUGUGAUACUCUACACCCGCUGCCACCUAUAGCUUUUUGUGGGCCCUAAGUGAGAUUUGAUAUUGGACAUUUUAGAGUGUAUGAAUACUGUUGUGUGUUUUGUUAAUCAUCUGUAUAAUUAAUUGACGGCGGAGAGAAAAUGUUUUAUGUUAAAGUUAAUUUCCUGUAAUUCUACACAUUUUGCUAUGGGGAAUAGAGAAGUUUAGUAAUUUUUAAACAAAUUUCAUGCAAUUCUACUAAUUUUGCCAUGGGGCAGAGAAAACAUUUAAACGAAAUAUGGAUCCUUAACCCAAAAAAAUAUCACAGUGCAGUGCAGUUAUCACAAAACAUAAUAUAUUACGUUUUAUAGCCUAACUAGAUGAUAGGCUAUAAAGGCCUGGGGAAAGUAUUGUAAUUUAAAAGUAAACUCAGCGAUAUGAAGUAGAUGCAGAAAGUAAACAGCAUAGUGGGUCAAUCUCCGCAACAACUAAGAGCGUUGAAGUGCGAGGUUCAACUUCUCCGCUGUUUAGGUGCCUUGGCUACCACGCUGUGAUUAUAGGCCCUGCUUUACUGAAGUUGUGAGACAUUGCAAGCCAAGAAAUUGCGAGAUACAGCAUUCCAUUGCGAGAUACAGCUUUUGAUUGCCAAUAGAUAGGCCUAGUGCACGGUUCUGACUGUCAGCCUGGUGGCCGACCUGCCUAUCCUGUACCCCUCCCUAGCUCGCUAUGAAAGAUGUGAGCGUUUGUGUUCUCCGAAGUAUGGCAACUAAUCAGUCUCCUCCGUUCCAAAAUAAUCUUGACACUCAGAAAUGGGAGUUGACAUCGGGCGGUGAAGUGCAAGGAUUUGAGGAAUCAAUUAUUUUGGAGUCGACUCUUCACCACUACGUCAUCGUCGUUAACGGUUGGCAGAGAAAAAACUAAUGUCAGAGAAAGGCAAGCGAUAGCAGCAAAGUCCUGUAUAGCAAUACUUUGAGAAGUUAAAUGAGAAGGAAAUGCAAACUUUGUGAGGUGGAAUUGAGGUACAGUAAUGGUAGUACAUGUGCAAUGCUUAACCAUCUGAAAGGGAAGCACCAUGAGACCAAACCGUUGCUGACUGAAAAAUGUUCAAUUUGUCACAUCCCUACCCUGGGCACAUGCCCUGUGUGCCUGGUCGGUAUUCAGCCAUGAUUACUACAAGUUUAGAUCGCUGGCUAUACUAAUUUACAAAUCUACAAAUUGUUAGCUGACAUGGCUAAUUGAGUGAUUGUCAGUGACUGACAUAACAAGAGAAAAUCUGCUGAUGCACAAUCACAUUUUGAAAUUGCACCUUGUGUAUUCUACUAUUCUAACUCUCAACAGUAAGCUGAGACCCCACUGAGUUCCUACAACAAAUUUGUUUUAAAAAAAAUACACACACACACACACACACACACACACACACACACACACACAGUGCCUUGCAAAAGUAUUCAUCCCCCUUGGCGUUUUUCCUAUUUUGUUGCAUUACAACCUGUAAUUUAUUUGGAUUUCAUGUAAUGGACAUACACAAAAUAGUCCAAAUUGGUGAAGUGAAAUGAAAAACAUAACUUGUUUCAAAAAAUUCUAAAAGAUAAAUAACGGAAAAGUGGUGCGUGCAUAUGUAUUCACCCCCUUUGCUAUGAAACCCCUAAAUAAGAUCUGGUGCAACCAAUUACCUUCAGAAGUCACAUAAUUAGUUAAAUAAAGUCCACCUGUGUGCAAUCUAUGUGUCACAUGAUCUUAGUAUAUAUACACCUGUUCUGAAAGGCCCUAGAGUCUGCAACACCACUAAGCAAGGGGCACCACCAAGCAAGCGGCACCAUGAAAACUAAGGAGCUCUCCAAACAGGUCAGGGGCAAAGUUGUGGAGAAGUACAGAUCAGGGUUGGGUUAUAAGAAAAUAUCCUAAACUUUGAACAUCCCACGGAGCACCAUUAAAUCCAUUAUUAAAACAUGGAAAGAAUAUGGCACCACAACAAACCUGCCAAGAGAGGGCCGCCCACCAAAACUCAUAUGGACCAGGCAAGGAGGGCAUUAAUCCGAGAGGCAACAAAGAGACCAAAGAUAACCCUGAAGGAGUUGCAAAACUCCACAGCGGAGAUUGGAGUAUCUGUCCAUAGGACCACUUUAAGCCAUACACUCCACAGAGCUGGGCUUUACGGAAGAGUGGUCAGAAAAAAGCCAUUGCUUAAAGAAAAAAAUAAGCAAACACGUUUGGUGUUUGCCAAAAGGCAUGUGGGAGACUCCCAAAACAUAUGGAAGAAGGCACUCUGGUCAGAUGAGACUAAAAUUGAGCUUUUUGGCCAUCAAGGAAAACGCUAUGUCUGGUGCAAACCCAACACCUCUCAUCACCCCGAGAACACCAUCCCCACAAUGAAGCAUGAUGGUGGUAGCAUCAUGCUGUGGGGAUGUUUUUCAUCGGCAGGGACUGGGAAACUGGUCAGAAUUGAAGGAAUGAUGGAUUGGCGCUAAAUACAGGGAAAUUCUUGAGGGAAACCUGUUUCAGUCUUCCAGAGAUUUGAGACUGGGACGGCGGUUCACCUUCCAGCAGGACAAUGACUCUAAGCAUACUGCUAAAGCAAAACUCGAAUGGUUUAAGGGAAAACAUUUACAUGUCUUGGAAUGGCCUAGUCAAAGCCCAGACCUCAAUCCAAUUGAGAAUCUGUGGUAUGACUUAAAGAUUGCUGUACACCAGCGGAACCCAUCCAACUUGAAGGAGCUGGAGCAGUUUAGCCUUGAAGAAUGGGCAAAAAUCCCAGUGGCUAGAUGUGCCAAGCUUAUAGAGACAUACCCCAAGAGACUUGCAGCUGUAAUUGCUGCAAAAGAUGGCUCUACAAAGUAUUGACUUGGGUUCUAAGUUCUGUUUUUUUGCUUUAUUUCUUGUUUGUUUCACAAUAAAAAAAAUAUUUUGCAUCUUCAAAUGUAAUCAAAUGAUACAAACCCCCAAAACAUCAAUUUUAAUUCCAGGAUGUACGGCAACAAAAUAGGAAAAAUGCCAAGAGGGGUGAAUACUUUCGCAAGCCACUGUAUAUGGGCCUUGUCCUUCAGAGGUUAUCAGGCAUGCGGAAGCUGUUGCCACAGUAGCUCCAAAGUUUAGGGCAAAACAGACAAUGCAAAAAGGGGAAGUUUGAGAAGAAACUCAUACUGUAGCCAACACAUGUGCAUAGUUUUUAUAAUCUAUGCUUGAAACAAGUUAUAUUUCCACUUACCUUUUUCUUUUGGGUGGAUACCCUCCACUCAAAAUGAAACAAACACCUUUAUCUACCAAAUAUAUGACAUCAUAUUAACACAGUGAACAUUGGCGUACAAAAUGUUCAACUGAACAGAUCCCCUUCUCAUUAAUUACUUUUAAGAACCUCGCUUCAAUUCCGUUAACUAGGCUUACAUCGUCCUCCAGUGGUGAUAUACUGAACUACACCAUUGCAAUGCAGCCCCUGUCGGAGGACACGUUGCGAAACAUGCACGCGGAAACUUGCGUGCCCACGUCUCCGGGAUCCAGGGCAGGCAGUCGAUCUCCAACAUGGCGGCGUUAGGUGAGGAUUAUGUUAGCUAAAUUCUGCAUGGGCCGGGUGUAGCAAGGAUGGAGAUAUGCAUUGAGUAGCAUCGACUAAACAAUUUAAGGAAGGGAUGGACUCACCGUUUGAAAUACAUACUUUAUCCGGGUAUGUCAGAAUUGCGUGCUGAGUGUCAGGGCUGUAUCACGAUCGACGCUGCAGGGUGGGAGUGGACAAUUGGCAUGGGACGGAGUAAACAUCGCACUUACAGUUAUUUUUUUCAGGAAGAGCAGCUGGUCAUUGACCACAGGAAUGACCAUGCGUCUUCAUAGAUAUUGUUUGUUUGGGAUUACGAUAGUUGCUUACUAUGUGUCGACACAGUGAGUUAUCGGCCUGGUUUUAGUGGUAGUUAGCUAUAGACGCUUGACCUGACAGCUACACUAUAUAUACCAAGGUAUGUAGACACCCCUUCAAAUUAGUGGAUUUGGCUAUUUCAGCCACACCAGUUGCUAACAGGUGUAUCAAAUCGAGCUCACGUCCAUGCAAUCUCCAUAGAAACAUUGGCAGUAGAAUGGCCUUACAGGAGAGCUCAGUGACUUAAAACGUGGCACCAUCAUAGGAUGACACCUUUCCAAAAAGUCAGUUUGUCAAAUUUCUUCCCUGCUAGAGCUGCCGCGGUCAACUGUUAAGUGCUGUUAUUGUGAAGUGGAAACGUCGAAAAGCAACAAUGGCUCAGCUGCGAAGUGGUAGGCCACACAAGCUCACAGAACGGGACCGCUGAAGCACAUAGCGCAUAAAAAUCGUCAGUCCUCGGUUGCAACACUCAAUACCGAGUUCCAAACUGCCUCUGGAAGCAACGUCAGCACAAUAACUGUUCUUCGGGAGCUUCAUGAAAUGGGUUUCCAUGGCAGAGCAGCCGCACACAAGCCUAAAAUCACCAUGCGCAAUGCCAAGUGUCGGCUGGAGUGGUGUAAAGCUCACCGCCAUUUGACUCUGGAGCAGUGGAAACGCGUUCUCUGGAGUGAUGAAUCACACUUCACCAUCUGACAGUUCGACAGACAAAUCUGGGUUUGGCGGAUGCCAGGAGAACGAUACCUGCCCCAAUGCAUAGUGCCAACUGUAAAGUUUGGUGGAGGAGGAAUAAUGGUCUGGGGCUGUUUUUCAUGGUUCGGGUUAGGCCCCUUAGUUCCAGUGAAGUAAAAUCUUAACGCUACAGCAUACAAUGACAUUCAAGACGAUUCUGUGCUUCCAACUUUGUGGCAACAGUUUGGGGAAGGCCCUUUCCUGUAUCAGCAUGACAAUGCACCUGUGCACAAAGCAAGGUCCAUACAGAUAGUUUGUCGAGAUCGGUGUGGAAGAAGUUGACUGGCCUGCACAGAGCCCUGACCUCAACCCCAUCGAACACCUUUGGGAUGAAUUGGAACGCCGUUCUUGUGUGUGGCUGAAUGGAAGCAAGUCCCUGCAGCAAUGUUCCAACAUCUAGUGGAAAGUCGUCCCAGAAGAGUGGAUGCUGUUAUAGCAGCAAAAGUGGGACCAACUCCAUGCUAAUGCCCAUGAUUUUGGAAUGAGAUGUUCAACGAGCAGGGGUACACAUACUUUUGGUCAUGUAGUGUAUGUAAAUAGAGCGUUGACAGCUGGCUAGCCUACGUUGACAGUAUCUGGGGCAUGCGCAGUAGACCAGGGUGGGGUAUUUUUGUUUUGGGGGGGUGUGUGUCAACAUCUGAUGGGGAAGGGGAUGUUGGGAUGGUAAAUCAAAUAGGGACCCUUGUGCGUCAUGGCCUUGUUUCAUGCCAUUGUGAGCUCUCUGCAAGUCUGUAAAGGGAACAUCCACACAGCACUGAAAUGGUCUGACUGAACCAUAUGGCUGGCUUGGAAUGACCCUUAAAAAUCAGGGAUAUGUUGGUCUUGCAGGCUUAUAAUUUUUCCUUCACUGACUCACUGCUAAAGGACCAUCAUCGACCCAGUGCAACAUCCCCAAACACUUUUGUUUGAUUCGCACUAUAGGCCCAAAAGCAAGCCAAGCCAUGCUGGCUUGGUUGCGCAUCCACCAUUGUUGCUGGAAUUGUGUUGGAAAGGACAGUGUGACUGUGAAAAGAAAAUAUCCAAGCCAGCACAGUAAGGUUUUGGGUCGGCCCUUUGGUGUGAAUCAGGCAAUUGAACGAGGAGGAGUGUGUGUGUGCCACUAAAUGAUGCAUUAGGCCUAUGUUGCAUUUGGUCUGUUAGGCUAUGAAACAGGCACUCUGGUGUCAGUAAUACCAUUUUCCCACAGUGAGUCUUGUCAGAGACUUGCUAGAGAGCUGUUUGACCAUGAUGAUAAAUGUUAUCCUCUACUCCUCACAGCAGCUAAGAAGAAGGGGAAUAAGAAGGUGAAGACCCUAUCUCUGACUGACUUCCUGGCUGAUGACAAGGGGGGCAGUGGUGCCGCAAGUUACCCCCCCACCAAGCCCACUAGCAGCUGGGCAGACGAGACAGAUGACCUGGAAACAGAGGGUGAGAUACUUCAGAAAAAGAAUCCAUCACCAUAGUUAUUUUCUCCUACUUAGGCCUAUAUGUUGAGUGUUUUCAACCAGGAUAAUGUUGGCUACUGUAACUCGUUUAGGUCCAAUUCUUUUUUGUGAUAUUCACCUCUGGUGUCAGUGCACCUGUGCUUGGUAUUCAUAGUCAACGUGUCAGAACAGCAUCUGACACAUCUUAUUGUUAGAAUCCAUACAUACAGUACCUAGCCAGCAUGACCUUAAAGGGGCAAUUUGCAGUUCAAACAACAACAAAAGGGACACCCUGCCACUGUUUUGUUAAAUAGCUACGGGAUGGGGCUGGAGAAAUGUAACCACUCUCAAAUUCAUUAGACAGCUAUGGAUGCAAGGACUCUCACCAUGCAUGAGAUCAAAAUGAUAGUUUCAACCAUGUUUCAAGUAGGGCUGGGAAUUGUGAUGGACGUCACAAUAUUAUUAAAAUACUUAGGUGCUGAUAUGAUAUGUAUUGCAAUUCUCACAAUUCUAUAUGUAUUGCGAUUCGAAACUGUGAUUUUAUUGCGAUUCGAUGUUCCAAACAUAUUGCAUAUGUCUGCUGCAGAGGGACAAGAGUGCCAGGAGAAAACAAGUUUUGAUCAGUCACGUAAAUAAAAGUGCUGAAAACAAAUUGGUUCGCUAUUUAAAAACGAAGAUGGAGAACAAGCUAUGAAGGAGUUUUGGUAGAGGUACAGCUAACUAGCGCAGAAAUUAUAUUGCGAUAUUGUCAAAACGAUACGAUAUAUCGUCAAAAAUAUUCCGAAAUGUGGCAGUGCUGAAUGGCCCGUAUUGAAGAGCUCAGUGACUUUUAAUGUGGCACCGUCAUAGGAUUCCACCUUUCCAACAAGUCCGUUCGUAAAAUGUCUGCCCUGCUAGAGCUGCCCCGGUCAACUGUAAGUGCUGUUACGUAUAGGAGCUACGUCUAGGAGCUACAACGGAUCAGCCGCGAAGUGGUAGGCCACACAAGCUCACAGAACGGGACCGAUGAAGCGCGUAAAAAUGGUCUGUCCUCAGUUGCGACACUCACUACCGAAUUCAAAACUGCCUCUGGAAGCAACAUCAGCACAAUAACUGUUCGCGGGUGCGUCAUGAAAUGGGUUUUCAUGGCCGAGCAGCUGCACACAAGCCUAACAUCACCAUGCACAAUGCCAAGUGUCGCUUGGAGUGGUGUAAAGCUCACCGCCAUUGGACUCUGGAGCAGUGUUAACGGGUUCUCUGGAGUUAUUAAUUACGCUUCACCAUCUGGCAGUUCAACGGACAAAUCUGGGUUUGGCGGUUGCCAAGAGAACGCUACCUGCCCGAAUGCAUAGUGCCAACUGUAAAGUUUGGUGGAGGAGAAAUAAUUGUCUGGGGCUGUUUUUCAUGGUUCGGCCUAGGCCCCUUAGUUCCAGUGAAGGGAAAUCUUAACUCUACAACAUACAAUAACAUUUUAGACUGUGCUUCCAACUUUGUGGCAACAGUUUGGGGAAGUUCCUGUUUCAGCAUGACAAUGCCCCCGUGCACAAAGCCAGGUCCAUACAGAAAUGGUUUGUCGAGAUGGGUGUGGAAGAAGUUGACUGGCCUGCACAGAGCCCUGACCUCAACCCCAUCGAACACCUUUGGGAUGAAUUGGAACGCCGACUGCGAGCCAGGCCUAAUCGGCCAACAUCAGUGCCCGACCUCACUGAUGCUCUUUGACUGAAUGGAAGCAAGUCCCCGCAGCAAUGUUCCAACAUCUAGUGGAAAGCCUUCCCAGAAGAGUGGAGGCUGUUAUAGCAGCAAAGGGGGGACCAACUCCAUAUUAAUGCCCAUGAUUUUGGAAUGAGAGCAUGUCCACAUACUUUUGUCCAUGUAGUGUAUCAUUAAUUUAAAAGCCCAAAAAUGGAUGUUCCAAUCAUAGAUUUCCCCUUUAACCUCCAAUCCCUCUAAUUUCUCUCCCUUCUCCUAUGUCCAGUGUCCACCUCCUGGCAUACAGAGGAGGAUAUGUACAGGGCCCCGGCCAUCGACCGCUCCAUCCUGCCGACAGCACCCCGCUCAGCCCGGGAGCCAAACGUUGACCGCUCCCGUAUCCCCCGUGGUCCCCCUUACACCGCCUUCCUGGGCAACUUGCCCUACGAUGUCACUGAGGACUCCAUCAAGGACUUCUUUAGGGGUGUGGGGGUAAGUGCACUACAAAUAUAAAAACAUGAAACCGUACUUAAAAUGUGUACAUGCAUGACUGUAAUUCACUUUGGAUAAAAUAAUCUGCUAAAUGGCAUAUAUUGUUUUCUAUUAUUAUAUUAUAAAGCCGUCAAAUUCAAAUCUGGACCUUGAAGCCAGUUCCACUGCUCUUUUUCAUAAUUUCCCUCUAGUCAGGGACUGAUUUAGACCAGGGACACCAGGUGGUAAUUCAUUAUCAGGUAGAACGGAAAACCAGCAGUAGUCUGGACCUCGUAGGGUAAGAUUUGAAUACCCCUUUUAUAAAGUAUUUGUCAAGUUGCUGCUAGUAUUUGUUCGUCCAAACCCAGACAUAUCUGUGUUUGACCCUGUCUCUUUCUCUGUGUAGAUCAGUGCAGUGCGUCUUCCUAGAGAGCCCAGUAACCCAGAGAGGCUGAAGGGUUUUGGCUAUGCUGAGUUUGAUGAUGUGGAAUCUCUCCUGAGUGCCUUGAGUCUGAACGAAGAGGUGAGUCAAUUUUACAAAGUGAGCCUAAAGGGGAAAAGUCAGUGAAAACACUGUUCAAUAGGAUUAGCCACUAGAUGUCGUCCAUUUGUUUUUUAAAGGCCCAGUGCAUUCAAAAACGUGAUUUUCCUGUGUUUUAUAUAUAUUUCCACACUGAGGUUGGAAUAAUACUGAAAAUUAUAAUGCCUUUCUACUGUAAGAGAUGUUUGAAAAGACUGCCUGGAAAGCUGUAAAUUAGUUAAUAGGCCAAUAGGAGAGUUCCAAACCUCUGCCAAUAACAGCUAGUUUUUCCGUGUUCCCCUCCCCCUUAGACCACUCCCAGACAGUCCUAGCAAAAUUCUUGCUUGAGAAAUUCCUCUUUGCAAUCUUAAAAAAUAACUGAUAUUGACACAAGAUGGAAGGAAUGUUGGAACAUAAUUAACUAAAUUACAGUUAAUGAAAAUGUACACUUAAUCCAGUAUAAACUAAUGUAUAGAAUGUAUUAAGUGACAAAAGUAAUGUCUUAAGUGUAAAACUAACCUUUUUAUGCCUGUAAACCAGGCCUGAUGGAAACAGAACAUUUGUUGGUAAACUUUCCAAAUGUCGACAAGGUAUGCUAGACAAGGAGGCAUCUUUUCGUGUCUGUUAAAUGAAUUAUGCGAGAAAUGUUGGUGGAAACGGUUUUAUGGACAAAUAUUGAUAUAUAUAUAUAUAUAUAUAUAUAUAUACUGAACAAAAAUAUAAACGCAACAAUUUCAAUGGUUUUACUGCGUUACAGUUCGUAUAAGGAAAUCAGUCAAUUGAAAUAAAUAAAUUAGGCCCUAGUCUAUGGAUUUCACAACUGGGCAGGGGCGCAUCCAUUUGGGAGCCAGGCCUCCCCACACAAGGCCUUUAUUACAGACCGAAAUACUCCACUUAUCCAGCGUGCCAGUGGCCAUCGAAGGUGAGCAUUUUCCCACUGAAGUCGGUUACGAUGCCAAACUGCAGUCAAGUCAAGACCCUGGUGAGGGCGACGAGCACGCAGAUGCGCUUCCCAGAGACGGUUUCUGACAGUUUGUGCAGAAAUUAUUCGGUUGUGCAAAUCCACAGUUUCAUCAGCUGUCCGGGUGGCUGGUCUCAGACGAUCCCGCAGGUGAAGAAGCCGGAUGUGGCGGUCCUGGGCUGGCGUGGUUACACGUGGUCGGCGGUUGUGAGGCUGGUUGGACGUACUGACAAAUUCUCUAAAAGGACGUUGGAGGCGGCUUAUGGUAGAGAAAUUAACAUUAAAUUCUCUGGCAACAGCUCUGGUUGAUGCUCCUGCAGUCAGCAUGCCAAUUGCAUGCUCCCUCAACUUGAGACAUCUGUGGCAUUGUGUGACAAAACUGCACAUAUUAGAGAGGCCUUUUAUUUUUCCCAGCACAAGGUGCACCUGUGUAAUGAUCAUGCUGUUUAAUCAGCUUCUUGAUAUGCCACACCUGUCAGGGGGAUGGAUUAUCUUGGCAAAGGAGAAAUGCUCACUAACAGGGAUGUAAACAAUUUGAGAGAAAUACAUUUUUUGUGCGCACAGACAAUUUCUGGGAACUUUUAUUUCAGCUCAUGAAACAUGGGACCAACACUUUACAUGUUGCGUUGAUAUUUUUGUUCAGUAUAAUAACCAUCAUGUCGAUGUAAACUUGGGAGUCACGCGAUGAGAUGUUGUGGUCCUCCCACUACGACUCAUGAGGAAAGCAUGCAGUUUAUUAGGCUACAGAUGAAAGAAGUUAUGAACUUCACAGGGUGGUGAAAGUGCAAGGUGAUGAGCUUGAUGCACCUUUCCAAUAAAUAUCGAGGGUCUUCUUCUGGUGACAGGAUGAUCGAUGCUUGACUGCUGUUUGACCAAUAAAAAUAUUCUCGCUCUUACCCAUAAUAAUCUCAUCAUGUAGCCUAGCCUACCUGCACAGCCUACCCGCACUGUAUCUGUUGUUUUCUAGAGAGCACGUGCCAAGCUAUUUAACUCAACAGUUUUUGUGACAAACUAUCGGUAGAGUGGAAAUGCGAUGGACAGAAAUUUAACUUUAGAUUUUUAUUUGGUAUAUGAAAACGUAACCGGAAAAUAACUUUUUAUGUGCACUACGUCAUCACACACUGAUUUUUAUCUGCAACAAGUCAGUUUGGUGGAAACACCACUGGUGGGGAAAUGUGCAUAUUUUCUUUAUGCAUAUUUUUUAAAUGUUCACAUGAAAAUCUGUCGCCAAUUGGAUGGAAACCUAGCUAGUGACUCAAUAAUUAUUCUGGGAAUGCUAUAAAGUCCAAAAGUUAUGGGCGGAGUUAGAAAAUUGGCUUACAAUGUAAAUGUACUUUUAAUCUGUCUGCAUAUUUAUUUCAAGACAUGGCAUAUGAGGAUGCAGUGAUAUACCCGAUGGGUUGGACGAUACUUUUCUUGUCAAUCAUCUUGAAAAAACACAUACUUAACUGGAAAAUCAACCAAUCCUCCAUCGUUAACACAAUGAAAAGGUUGAAUGCUUUAUUAUCUAAAUGUUGAAAGUGCCUGUGGGCGACGGAGAGAAACAAAAUGGUGCAGUUUGAGGCCAUGUGGCGGAGAGUGAUGCGGGUGCCGGAGAUGGGGGUGUGGGCAGGGGGGUCUGGGCAGGUGUGAUGUAGUUGAUGUUUGUGGGUUUCUGUAUGCUAUUGUUUGUAUGUGUAUGUUUUGUCAUGUAAAAUAAGUGUAUAUAUAUAUUAUUAUAUAUUUUUUUUUUAUAUGCUCUUUGCUAAGCUGUUUUCGUUUAUUUUUGACCAUCUUAAUUGAAAACAAUCACAGUAAGGUACUUUAAUUGUUACCCAGAAAUGAUUUGCUAUUGAGAUAAAAACGGCUGCAUUGGACCUUUUAAUGUAGUUUACUCUUUCUCCAUGCAGAACUUAGGAAACAGAAGUAUCCGUGUGGACAUUGCAGACCAGUCUAAUGAUAAAGGUGUGUGUCUUAUCGUGAAGCUACGGUACUACCAUACACAUUUUUGCAGCUUUACAUUCUGCACACACUUGCGUAGUUCAGAUUAACUUGAUUAAGCAUCUGAAGAGUUUGUCUCCACUUCCUUUCUGACUCGUCUAUGUGCCUUUCUCAGGGAGGGAUAAUCACUCCAUGGGGGGUCGGGACAGGGACCGGGGGGGAGACUUUGGUCCAGACAAGACAGACUGUGAUGACUGGAGGGCUCCGCGGCCCAGUGGAGGAGAGAGUGACGACGGGCCGCCUCGGAGAGACGACGCCUUUGGAGACCGUGAGUACAGUACAGGUCAGAAACCUCAUGUCCUCUAUGUGGGGAAAAUGGGCCCCCUAACCCCCCUCUCUGUCUGCUGUUUGCUCCAGGGUCACGGGACCGCUAUGAGUCAGACAGGCCUAGAGGAGAUGAUCGCUACGGAGGGGGCCAGGACAGGUUCAGGGAUCGCUAUGAUGACCGGGAUCGCAGAGAUGACAGAGGAGGUCAGUUGGGAUGCCUGGCCUUACACGACUACACCUAUACACAUUCAGCAUUUUAGUGAGAAGGCUUACUAAUAAAGUAUUUUUGCGGUUUCCCUCAGGUGGUUUUGGUGGCGGUGGUGGUGGUCGCAGGGCGUUUGGCACUGGUUACAGGCGCGAUGAGGGAGGACAGGAUAGCUACCGGCAGGAUAGCUACCGACGGGAUGACUACCGGGUUAGUGGGGAUCGCUAUGGUGACCGUGGUGGUGAUCGAUACGAGAGACGGGAGGAAAGCCGGGAUGACAGAGGUGAGAAAAUGUAUUUUAAUAUUAAACUACCUCAUUCUUCAUGUGCACCGGCACAGUCAAACUGUUCUACCUUUUGUACCCUAUUUGGCAAUUCCUAGGUGCUGUCGAGAGGCCCAAGUUGAUCCUGAAGCCCCGUAGCGUACCCAAAGAGGUGGAGCAGAGCAACACCCCGUUUGCCCCCUCAGGCAGGGCUGCCUCCAUCUUCGGCGGGGCCAAGCCUGUGGACACGGCCGCCAAGGAGAGAGAGGUAGAGGAGAGGCUGAAGAGGGAACAGGAGAAACUGCAGCGACAGCUAGAGGACAGAAUCCCAGACCGCAAGCCCAGAGAGAGGUAUGUCACGAAGGACAGAAGAGCGUAGGCGAACGUGAGGAAAUGGAGUAAAGAAUUAACCUCAUGUAUAGUAUGUUAUCCUUGACUCAUUGAUCCUGAUCAUCCCUCAGGCACCCCAGCUGGCGCAGUGAAGACCAACCUGCAGAACGCUCUCGGACUGGCAGCGAGUCUUCCCAACCAGGCAGCCAGUCUGGCAGAGGUGAGAGUUUUACUGGCUAUGAUGGCUGAUGCAGUCAGCCAUUAUAUCAGUACUGUAGUCACUGAGAUGUCUUUGGAGGGUAAUGUGGUGGUUUAAGCAGACUUCUUUCGGAGGGUUUGUCUAAAAGCAGAAUACAAAUGUCAUGUUGGACAUUUGUGGACAUUGGACAAUAAAGUCAUAUUUUCUUCUUCCUGUCCCAUUGCCAGCCUCCAAGCGCAGGGAGAGCGAGCGCUUGGUGGACAGUGGUCGUGAAGAGGAGCCCUCCUCCCCUGCGACCCUGCCCUCCCCUCCCAGACAGGACGGGCAGCCCCUGAAGGUGGUGCUUGCCCCGCCCCCCAAGGAGAACGCCUGGGCCAAGAGGACCACACCUGUUGGGGGCUCCAGUGAGGGCGAGGCUCGGCUGCCUGUCUCCCCCAGCAGUGACACAGCCCCACAGCUCACCAGGUUAGAGGUCACCCCACCCUACAAUCCACAUGCCCCUAACACCUACAGUGGUUUCUCAAUUAAAAGUUUCAAGAUUAUGCCGCAGGACAUUGAGGUAAGUUGUGGUUUAGUAUGUUACCCUGCGUCACUGCUUCAUUGCUCCAGACCACUGCAAGGGGAAGUUUGCGCUGAUGAUGCUUUUGGGUACAGUGUAAAGCGUUGGUCACGAGGUGCUAAUGUGUCUCUACCUGAAUGAAUGCUGUCAAUGAAUGGGCAAUAGAAACCAAAUAGAAACGGAUAAUUGUGCACGACUUCACAAUUGGAUUUGAAUUAACUGAAUGAUGAGGAUGAAGAAGAAGAGGGUGAUUGAAUUUAGAAGAUUAGUGUAAGAAUUGCUCUUCCUCUGUCCUGCGUGCACACCCAAAAAAAGACACUUAUUUUUUUGUUUAUACUUCAUCAGAAGAAGCUGUAA